AUGGCUUCAGAGGCAGCAUCUCAUGUUUCUAUAGGAGCUCUUGGUGCUAUUUUUGAUGAUACCAAACCUCAUGUUCCUGAGCCUGUUGUGCAAUGUGUUCAAAUAAAGCCGCUGCCUCCGCAACAAAAUCAAUCAGUGCGCUAUAGGGCUGUCUUCAGUGACAUUUCCAAUUAUGUUCAGACCAUGCUCGCAACUCAAGCCAAUCCUUUUGUUACAAACGGGUUACUUCGCAAAGGAUGUUUUGUUCGGCUAAAGUCUUUCCAGUCGAACUCAAUCAAAGGGAAAAAGAUUCUCAUAAUCCUGGAUCUUGAGGUUCUUCAGGAAUUAGGGGAAUGUGAAAAAAUUGGGGAGCCAAAACCACUAGAAAGUAAAAUUGAAGAGGAUGAUAAAACCCAGCCAACUACAAUUUCCAGCGGUGGCUUUUAUGGCUCCAAGAUCCAAGGCGCACCGGUGCAAGCAAAUGCCCGAACACAAGCAACGCGACCUACUGCUUUGGCCUCGGCCCAUGCUACGAUAUAUCCAAUCGAAGCUAUCUCCCCAUACUCACACAAAUGGACAAUCAAAGCGCGUUGUACAAGCAAGUCAAACAUCAAGACUUGGCACAACAGAAAUGGAGAGGGUCGACUAUUUAGUGUCAAUUUGCUUGAUGAUAGUGGAGAAAUCCGCGCAACUGGGUUUAAUGACCAGUGUGAUAUGCUCUAUGAAAAUUUUCAGGAGGGCAAUGUCUAUUAUAUCUCUAGUCCGUGCCGUGUUCAGAUUGCCAAAAAACAGUUCACAAACCUUAACAAUGACUAUGAGCUCACUUUUGAAAAAGAUACUAUUGUUGAAAAGGCAGAAGAUCAAAAUGAUGUUCCUCAAGUUCGAUUCAACUUCACCUCCAUCGGUAGUCUCCAAUCCGUGGAGAAAGAUACGACCACCGAUGUCAUAGGUGUCUUGAAAGAAGUCGGCGAAGCUUCUCAAAUUGUGUCAAAAACAACAAGCAAGCCCUAUGAUAAGCGCGAGCUAACCUUGGUGGAUUCCACGGGCUUCUCUGUUCGCUUGACUGUUUGGGGUUCCACAGCCCUGAAUUUCACUGUGGUACCUGAGUCCGUGGUUGCAUUCAAAGGCGUGAAGGUUUCUGACUUUGGGGGCAAAAGCUUAAGUUUAUUAAGCUCCGGUUCAAUGACAGUUGAUCCUGAUAUUGAGGAGGCCCAUAAGCUCAAGGGUUGGUAUGAUGCACAAGGCCGUGAUGAAACAUUCACUUCUCAUGCCUCCAUGUCCAAUGCGACCACAUCUACAAUGAGGCCUGAUCGGUUCAAAACUGUUGCCCAAGUCCGGGAAGAGCAAUUGGGAAUGUCCGAGGAUGCAGAUUAUUUCUCAUUGAAAGCAACUGUCAUCUAUAUAAAACCUGACAAUUUGAGCUACCCAGCUUGCCUCUCCGAAAAUUGCAACAAAAAAGUGACUGAACUUGAUCCUGGUCAAUGGCGUUGUGAACGCUGCGACAAGACUCACCCAAGGCCUGAAUACCGCUAUAUAAUGCUAAUAAAUGUCAGCGACCAUACAGGCCAACUUUGGCUUAGUUGCUUCGAUGACGUUGGAAGACUGAUGAUGGGUAUUUCGGCAGACCAGUUAAUGGAAAUCCGACAAAGUGAUGACAAGGCAGCCGGAGAGGUUUUCCAGGAGGCCAAUUGUCGGACGUGGAAUUUCAGGUGCAGAGCCAAAAUAGAUCAUUUCGGCGAUCAGCAACGUAUUCGCUACCAGGUGUCAUCUGCUAAGCCUGUCAAUUACUCUGAAGAGACAUUGCGUCUUGCAGAGAUGAUCAAUUCAUAUGGUAUUGAUUGA